UGGACAAACACUGCUGCACUCUCAAACCAAACCUAUCAGGCAGGCACACCAUGGUCAGAUCACUCACACUCAUCUCCUGCACGCUGCUGCUCCUCGUCUCCUUCUCCAGCUCAGGGGAGAGCCGGCCUCACAUGGCCCACGAAGGCACACCUGAUGUGGACAGAAUGGACAGCCAGAGGGUCCUGCUUCUGGAGGCGGUGAAGACGGGGAUCCUCAGCUCAUUGGGUAUGGACAAGGGGCCCAGGCCAACCCAAAAGGCCUCGGAGGAAGAGCUGAGGGCGAUGUAUAAGCUCUACAGGGAAAAACUGAGAGAGAUGAGAGGAAACUCCAGCCAGACGAUGAGGGAAACCUGGCAAUCCACCAUGUCUACUGUGCUCUUUCCAGCUACAGUGGAGCCAAAAAAAGUGCUUCGGAGGGGAGAACACCCACAGUCAGGUCAAUGCAUGCAGUGGUACAGAGCUGUUUUCCAUAAGAACCCCAAUAUCCAGACUGAAGUGACACUAGUUCGGGCUGAGCUGAAGAUUUCCAGGCAGGUUUUAAACAAACCCACUUCAGUUCAGCCUGAGGUAAGACGAGAGGUUCAAGUUAAAGUCGACAGGAGGAAGCCGAUAAACUCUGCUGCAUGGACACACAUAGACUCACCAGUCCAUGCCAAUGUGUCAAGCACUCAAGAUGUGAUGCUGGACAUUAGCCCUGAGGUGGAGAAGUGGAUGAGGACUGACGACGGUCAGGCACUGGUUGUGGAUGUAGGGAUAGUUGUGGGUGGAAAAGAUGCCCUGAAGGUAAAUCCAACGAUUUCGCUGGAGUUGGGCCUCACAAACCAGCCCAAACCAGCCCGGAAGAAGAGGCUGCCUCGCUCCAACAAGGAAGAUGUCUGCGAUGAACAAGGAUGGUGCUGCCGGAAGUCCAUCACCGUGUCCUUCAAAGACAUCGACUGGACAGACUGGGUGGUGGCCCCAGCUGAGUACACGAUGCAUUUCUGUGACGGCACCUGCCCCCACAACUACAAGCCGGCAAGCAUGCACACGCAGGUGAAGUCUCGGCUGCACCAGAUUACCAAAGGAGAGACCCCUCGCCCCUGCUGCGUGCCGGCUGCCUACGAGCCCAUGGUCCUCAUGCACUAUGACAGUAGGGGAAAGUUGAAGCUAACUCCUUUCAAUGACUUGAUUGUCAGUAAAUGUCACUGUGCCUGAGGAAAAAAAAUGCAAGUGGAUUUUUCUUUUUUUUUUACUUUAAACCCUAACAUUUGGGAGAGCAUUGCCACUAGAAAAAUAUGUUACAUGGUGUAAAAAACAAAAACAAAGACGUGUUCUUAAAUUUACAUUUUAUCAGUGCCGCAUAUGUAGUGUUUUUCGCUGGUUAACUAAAUUACAAUUGCAAUUAUCCACUAUUACUUUAUUUUGAAGAUAAAAAAACAUGUUACUGCUGCACAGAUCCACUGUUUUGUUUUGCACUGUGGAUCAAGCAGUAGAUCUGUCCAUUCAUAACUUUUUAACAUUAUUUAUUUUAAGUUCUAUUUAUGGUCCUAAACUAAUAUUUGUGUUUUGUUAUUGUUUUAUGUUACAGCAUAUUUUAGUACUACUUACUAUGGAAUUUUAUUGCCAUUUAUUAUUUAAAGUACCGUAGUUAUUUUGUUUGUCUUAUAUAUUUCAAUAUACGAAGACCAAAAAUAAAUGUUCUGAUUUAUUCAUGCUGAACUGUUGCACUUGAAUAUAUCAACAUGUACAUUUCAUAAUAAACACAUGAGCAUGA